CGUUGCAUCUGCCCAAAACGCCAUGGCAGGCAAGCCCAAGGAGUACCCAGCGCUGCUCGCGCACGACGUGGUGUGCAACGACGCCCACGCCGACCUCCUUGGUCGCAUGCAGCCGUCUGCGCGCUUCAAUGCAGACCUCGUCACUGAGAGUCCCACGGUCCCGUUCACGUACACGCGUCGGUACCUGGUCAUGACGACGAGCGGGCUCCGGACGCACACGAUCUCCGAGUCCUGCGAGCACCCGCGUAGCCGUGGCCGAUGCGACGCAGCGCUCCGUGUGCCUCUGCGCUUUGUCGACAUGAUCCAGUGCAAGCCGACCAUCGGCAAUGGCGUCGAGUGGUUCAUGGUGCGAGUGCAAUGGACCGACAAAUCCAGCGACACGUGGAUGCAUGCAGCGGACGUCCGUCAAGAGCACCGCAACUUGCUGCAGCAGCUCUUCAUGGCGACGCUCAACUCGUGGCAGCGCGUCGACAAGGUCCUUCCGGCGUCGUGGGAGGCCUACCCGGCUGAAGACCGCCUCUGGCUCGACGACCCGCUCGUGGCCAGCUGGCUGCAAACGGCGCAACCGAUCAAGGUGCAGCCGCCAGAUGACGUGCAAGCGACGCUCAAGCGUCCGGCGGCACCACUGGGUACGCACAGCAAGCGCAUGAAGCCGCCUCUUCCCGACGACACCGAGUCCGACGACUCGAUGGACGAGCAAAGCGAGCACGAGCCGACUCCUGCUGCCGUCGUUGACAUGGUUGACGAAGCCGUGUGCAAUCUGAGCAUGCUCGAACUCAAGGCCAAGCACUUUUCUGCACUGCCGUCGCCACCGCCGGUGUCCGUCGCCUGCCCGUGCGGCUUGGUCGCCGACGACGACGACGCGUACUUGGGUCUCUGGUUUGUCUGCGCCAAUAAGCACUGCGGCCGCGCGAUGCACGCCGUGUGCACGAGCCCGGCCGCGCGUUUUUGUGCGCGCUGCGAGCCGCGACCUCGUCGCACGUUGAGCGCCAUCGACCUCGUCCUCGCCGCGCAGGUCAACGCAGUGCACUUGCUCCGUGCCGAAAAGGAUGUCCCUCUCGAGGGGUCGUUGCUGCAUGAGUGCAUUUUAGCGGCCGCCGACGCGGGCGCCAUCGACGCGCUGCAGUACCUCCUCGCGCGCAGCCCCAAGGCCCAGUGGCACUCGAUUGUCGACGACUUUGGCCGCAACCCGCUGCAUUUGGCGAUUGCGCACCGGCACGCGAGUGCUGUCGAGCACAUGGUGUCGCAGCGGCCGCUGCUCUUGCUCGCGACGGACGCCUUCCAGCAGUCGGGCAUGGAGCUCCUCUUGUACGAGCUGCCCGGCGUGUUUUUGCGCCUCGUACAGCAGCUCCCUUUCUUGCUGCAGAUCUCGGACGACAAGAACAAUACCAUGGCGCACAUGUUGUGCCGCGCGCUGCCGCAGACCGACUUUGCCGCGCUCGUCAAUGUGAUGCCGUACAACCUGUUUGUCUCGUCGAACGACGACGGUGAGACACCCUUGAUGCGCGCAUGUCAGCACCCUGACCUCGGGGCCCAGCACUUGCGGGUGCUGGCCCUCCCGACGGAUUGGUGGUUCGUGACCGACCGAAAUGGGCACGGGCCGCUGCACCACCUGCUCAUGGCCGGGAACGGCCACCUCCUCUUGCACGUCGAACGCUCCGUCGUGCUGGAGACGCCAGAUCUCUAUACGUGUGCGAUGCAGCGCGGUCAAACCAUGGCCGUGGCCAUGCUGCUGCGUCACUUUGAUGCGCGCUUGCUCGAGCGCGAGGGCGCGGAUCAGCUCUGGCCCAUCGUGCUUGCGCCCACGUCUGCGUUUGUGUUGCAGCUGCUCAAGCACCACACGCGCGCCCAGCUGCAGUAUGUGCACGAUGCGGCCGCGGUGGCGCCGGAUGCGGUGCGCACCCUCGUGCACCGGAUGGCGACCGACGCGAGCAUCCUCACGUUCCUCGACCAGCUCGUCGCGGCCGAGACGAACCUGCUGGCAGCACCGUUCUUUGUGCGGUACCAGCACUUGCUUGGCUUGGACGCCAAGCUCUCGCAGCUGCGCAAUGUCUUGACGCUACCACGAAGCGCGGUUGGCGUCAUCAUCACGGCGCCGGACGAGGCAUCGUGCUGGGCCGCGCUGCUCUUGGCGGCCGGGUCGAUCUCCAACUGGCGCGAGCCCAUCACGCUGUGCACGCCGAGCCGUCGCUUUGUGUCGUCCGACGACGCUUUCUGGUCGAUGCUCUGGCCGCAACUGCUGGCGGCGCGCGUGCUGGACGAGCUGCACCCUGCGACCAUGCUCGUGCUCGGCAAGCUCGUCGGGCACCUCGUGUGCAUGCAGAAGACACUGCCGCCAACGCCGACGAUGUCCAUGGACCUCUUCCGGUGCCUCGUCGACAAGCCGAACGCAAUGUCGGCAGCGUACCUCGCGAAGCGCGCGGAUCGCCACGUGCUCGAGACAGCCGCGAGCGCGUUUCGCCAGCAGUUGUUCCGCCUCGUGCCGCUCGACCAGUGGACCGCGCCCGAGCUCUACGUGCUCAUGUUUCGCGUGCCUCGGGACGUGGCGGCGUGGCGGGCGCAGGUGCAGCACCAGCCCGGCGUCGAGCCCCACACGAACGAGACGAUCCAGAUGUGGUGGCGCGUCGUCAACGCGCUUCCGACGCCCGUGUACAGCAUGCUCCACGUCAUUGUGGGCGGGGGUCCGUGGAUGCUGGGCAUCAACACGAUUUCGACCACGCUCGGGCCACGCGAGGUCACGCUGAGCGCCGACAUUGCGACGGAGAAGGACCUCACGGACGCAUUGACCCUAGCACUUCGGGCCGCAUGAGCG